UAUUACCCAUGAUCCUCCGCGCAUUACGUCUGUUAGGAAAACAUGGCGGCGGCCAAGCUUUCGACAGAUACAAACACAAACAUUCCAGAGUAUGAAUAUACCGAUGUUAACACAAAACCGUUUCAUAUCGGCUCGUUCAGAAACGAAUGGCUGAACCGACUGAAGCCGAGUAACUACUCCUACCAGGCGGAGGACGAGGACGCGUUUGAGGCCAACUUUGCUGAAGAGAUGGGGGUCGGUCCGGAGAUCAUGACUGAACUGAAAUCCGUCUGCAGUCUGGAGUCACUCCGUUGCCAUCCUGAGGAUCAGCAGCCUGACACAGAAGUUGUACCUCAAGAUGCGACACUAAAAACACUAGUACAAAGGAGAAAGAGACAAGAUUAUAAAGCUUCUCUGAAAAUUACUAAGAAUAGACACGACCUCUACGCAGAUGAACUGGACCGUUUAACUGUUGGUAGGAAACCAGAAGUAGUGGCUGACCUGAUCCCUGAAGGAGAAGUCAUUCUGACCAUCAAUGUCUACUACCCAGCUGUUUUUGAGAAAGUAAAUAUUUACUAUAUUAAAUUGUAACAGCACCCAUUCAAGCUGACAAAAAUGACAGAGCUCAGGGAUGCCAUAUGUUGUGUCAGCGACUUGCAAGUGUAUGGAGAGUUCAGCAACACACCGGACAUCGCCCCAGACUUUGUCAGCAAAGAUCAUUUCAAGUCAGCGUUUUUUUUCUUUGAAGGCGUUUUUUACAAUGACAUGCGAUUCCCUGAAUGUCAGGACAUCAGCAUGACCACUAUCGAAUGGGCAAAGGCCUGCAAAUUUCCACCCUACAGACAGGCCAAGAUGGAGGACACACGGUUCAUGGAUCUGAAAGUGAAAGUGGGCUUCCCAUACCUCUACUGUCAUCAGGGAGACUGCGAACAUCUGGUCAUUUUCACAGAUGUCAGACUCGUCCAUAAGAACGACUGCCUGGACAAGAAGUUGUAUCCACUUCUCACACACAAGCACAGGGUCGCCACCCAGAAGUGCGCAGUUUGCCAUGUCUUCAUUGGAAGAUGGUUUACUACCAAUGACCAGUUUGCUCCAUGUGACCCAUGUCUCUUCUGCGAUAAGUGUUUCCGGAUGCUGCACUACGAUGCCGAAGGCAAAAAGCUGGGACAAUUCCUGGCCUAUCCCUAUGUGGACCGAGGUGCCUUCAACUAAAGCUCUUCUUUAGUGAAUUGCUUAGGUCACCAAUUUUAUGCGGUAUAAUAGUUACAUCUUUGUAUUUCAGAAGGAAAUGUGUAUUUUCUUUAAAAAUGAUGUCCAUAUGUACAGUAAUGCUUUAGUUUUA